AUGGUGCAGCUCGAGACGGUGGAUGGGACCGCACUCCACGCCCAUGCGGAUGUGCUUGACUCGGGGCACGGUAUCCGCACAGACACCCCGUGGAAUAGUUUCAAGACUUCUACGGUGGAGCGGUUCCUGGAGUAUUGCUAUCAGGGCGAUUACAGUGCUCCGAAACCGGCCAAGCCGCUACUAGCUACCCCCACGAGUAGCGUUGACGAUAGGGACAGCGAAGACAGCGACACCGAAGACGACACUGUAUUAAGACAUCCGGACGGCUUGGAUUACGGGGAAGUAUUCUUCAGCCAUGCGGAACUCUACGUCCUCUCCCAAACCCAGAAACGAAGCUCGCUUACAGCCCUAUGUCUCAACCGCCUUCACAAAGCACUUGACAAGGCAGGCACGGUGCCGGUCCGCCCUCAGUUCGCAAACAAUUUGAGCGAUCUACUCUUUUAUGUCUAUGAGCACAGCAAUGUGGGCUUGAUUGACGAUCAACAGGCGCACGGCCUACAAAACUUGGUUUCAUCAUGCGCGGCAAUGCACAUCAAGGAGAUGAGAGAGGAGUGCAAUUUACUGAUGAGGUGUGGUGGGAAGAUGGCGGAGGACCUGA